AUGGAAGAUAUGGUAAUUAAUAGACUACACAAGCAAAAUUAUACUUUAGAGUCAUUGCCAAACGAACUCUUAUUUGCAAUCAGUUCUUAUCUGGAUUCAGCGCAUCUAAUCCAAGCAUUUCAUGAUCUCAACUAUCGAUUUAAUCUGAUAAUCUAUCAAUCCGUUCGUCAUUUCACGAUUUCGAAAGAUACUUCUGGAAACGUCGUGGAUACAUACGAUUCGAAUAUAAAAAAUGUCAUCGAGCAGAUAUUUAUUGACACGGAGAUGUGUCCAUAUACUUUCUUAUCUAUUAAUUCAUGCAUCAAUCUACGAUCCAUAAUACUUCGUUGCGCCGAUUUAGCGAUUAUUGAUCUCACCGUCAACUAUUGUUUAGCAGAUGAUGAUAUUCAUUCAUGUUUGGAUGUACUUAACGUUUGUAAUAUUCUUCCUGCUAAUUGGCUUAAUAGCAACCGGUUUCGUGAUCAUAAGCUGGACAGAUUAGUCUGUUUAGCCAUGACGCGUUUGUGCCUUGAGCGCUGUUCCGAACAAGUCCUGCAUUUGCUUUGUAAUCUCAUUCCAAAUCUAACCUAUUUGAAAAUCAAGCAACUCUCCACUGUCGAUGAUCGUUCGUAUUAUUGUUUUGAGUUACCGUUUUCACAUCAACACGUGUCUGUCUUAAAGCAGUUACAUAUCGCUACGGGUAUGAAUCGUUUGGAUGAUAUACGGUCAAUCGAAAGGUUGAUCGAUACUUAUAAAUCAUCGCUUGAGUUUUGUUCUCUGAAUAUUUCUCUAAAUGAACCAAUAAGUGGUUCCUAUUUGCAACAAAAUAUAUUUGAGCCAUGUCAAAAUCUGAAUAAAUUCACAUUUGCUUUCAACUAUUGGCAAGAUGACAUCGAAGAAGCUGAUGUACUAUAUCAGUUUCAAAGUGAUUGGUGGUUAGAUACUCAGCGUCCACCAGUGCUCAUUUUCUGUGGCAAUCUACGCGAAGUCUUCAUCGUUUCUAUGCCUUGCCAUUUGUGUGACUAUCUGUGGCUUCCAACUGAUCCUCGAGAUUGGUUAUUGAAUAAGGGUGACUUCGAUUCACCCGAUGUUUGUUUUACGAAACAAACACACAUACGAUUUAUCAAUCAUCACCGUCAACCGAUCACACUCGAACUAGUGAAUAUCAUUGGCCGUGUAUUUCAAGCGCCAAAACAGCAAUUGUCACUGCUACGUUGGAACUUCGUUUCCCAAAAUUUACUCUUUGAGCAGUUAAUGACUACAAGCUCGACGGAUCCGGUGUUACCUUUGGUUUACUUCCUCGAUUUGAAUUCUUGUGGCGCUGAUGAAUUAGACGCAAAGACGCUCAUCAUCUGGCUAAUGUUAGCAUCCAAUGUACGAAUGAUCAACGUAUGUCAAGGAACUCCCAGUGGGAAAAUACGUUUAAUCAAUCAACUGAAAAUGUUACUUGACAGAGACAAACGAUUAAAAUCACUUGCAGAUGCCAUCGAAGAAAUUCAUGUUUUCUACAAUUUUGACUCUCUUAGUUAUGCCACGAAACAGCAUAUCUGUCAAAUGUGUUCCGAAGUCUUCCAAAAAGCCGUUAUUCACUGUUAG